GCUCUGGCACACACACACACACAAACUAUAUAGCAAAUCUGAAACUGUGUUGUAUUUCAUUCAGAGCUCCCCCCCAAGGUUAUGGUUAGAGGGAGUCAUGCUGCUCCUCCUCUGGUCUCCUGUGAUUGCUCUGCUCUUCCUAGUUCUGAGUUAACUCCUCCAGUUAGCAUAAGCACCACCUGCUCCAUUGUCAGCUCUGAUGGACUGGCGGCUGAGCACCCACAUACUGGAACACAUUCUAAUGGAAACUGCUCCUUCGUGUUACAGUUUAGGAUGCUGUGUUGUUUUUAACUCUUCAUGUAGGUAGGUUAGGUAUCUGAAUGGAAAUGAAUGAGUUGAGAUCCAGAAACAGAGCUUCAUUUCCAGAUAAUAAAGAAGAGCUAAAUACUUGUUACACAAAAGGGGCACUGAUGGUCCCGCACUGUCCAAGCUGGCGCUGGUAGAGACGGGUCUGUCCCCCUGGGAGGGAUUGGGGCAGCCUUGCACAGCCAUGUUCUGGGAGGCAGCGAACCUAGGCAGCAAGCCCAGUUAGCAGGGCCACGCCUGCUGUGCAGCCCCUUGCUGUGCCUUUGCCGAACAGCAGAGGGCACUGGGCUCUUCAGUCUAUGCUCAGUACCUCGUGAGGGCCCUGUUCCCAGCCUCUGUGGGAGAUCCAAGGGGGUGCAAGGAGUCUAGGCUUAUGCAAAACAGCAUUACACAGGUCAGGGUCCUUUGAGAACAUGGCUUCUACCGGGCAGGCACCCAGGAGGGGGAAAGCGGUCAGUGAUCUCUCAGGUUGUUCAAAAGCAAAUGGUUCUGUGAGGGGUCACAGCCAGCUCAGGGCUGCUUUAUGUCCCUCUGUCAGAGGCCAGAGCCAGGGCUGAGGUCUACCACAACCUCUGGGAAUCCCUAGGACCUCAGACCAGAGAGCACCACAGAACCUGCUGCCCUCCCACACCUGUGAGGCCCUGGGUCAGCCCUCUGCAGCAAUCCUCUUGAACUGGAUAGGUCUAUGGCUGGGCCAGCAUGAUGGAUGGGCACGUGGGGGAAAUGGGCAUUUGUUCGGCACAUACAACAGUGAGAACAUGGGGCUCGCUCUGCUUGGGGGCAGUGCACCCGGUCCUACCAUGAUUCACAGGCACUAGGAUGUCCACGGAGGACAUGUGAAGGUCACAGGAACAUGACUGGAAUCUGCCUGGGCCUGGGCCUCCCCUGGCCCCAACAGGGGCUGCCAAGUUUGGGCCUGUCCUGAGCCCCCUCCUUAUUUGGACCUGCAGGUGAUAAGGCUGAAACAUAAAGGGGUUGGGCUCUUCCACACAGCCAGACUACUACAGAGAGGAUGGCUAGUCGAAAGGCAAGCACUCGGGGCAAGGCUGCAGCCUCCAAGCAGGCCCAGCGCGCCUCAUCCAACGUGUUCUCCAUGUUUGAGCAAGCCCAGAUCCAGGAGUUCAAGGAGGCCUUCAGCUGCAUCGACCAGAACCGUGAUGGCAUCAUCUGCAAGUCAGACCUGCGAGAGACCUACUGCCAGCUGGGGAAGGUGAGUGUCCCGGAGGAGGAGCUGGAUGCCAUGCUGCAGGAGGGCAAAGGCCCCAUCAACUUCACUGUGUUCCUCACACUCUUUGGCGAGAAGCUCAAUGGGACAGACCCUGAGGAUGCCAUCCUGAGCGCCUUCCGCAUGUUCGACCCCAGCGGCACUGGGGUGGUGAAUAAGGACGAGUUCAAGCAGCUGCUCCUGACACAGGCAGACAAGUUCUCUCUAGCAGAGGUGGAGCAGAUGUUUGCCCUGACACCUGUGGACCUGGCGGGAAAUAUCGACUACAAGUCCCUGUGCUACAUCAUCACCCAUGGGGACGAGAAAGAGGAGUGAGGGGCGGGCCCGUAGAGACCUCAAUAAACUCUGUGUU